UCAUUGUUUAUGAUCAAAACAUAUUCGAAGUUUUGCGAACAUUAAUAGUUGUCCAUACACUGUGAAGUACUAUGUUCGUGUUCUGCACAUUCGGCGGAUCCAGGAUUCUGAGCAAGAUUCGGAUAUUGUGAGAGUCGAGGUCCAGAGCCAGAUGCCCGAAGACAUAGCAGAAAGGGUGAGGUGUUCCAAAGGGCUCUCUGGCAGACGCAUGUCGGAGGCAUGUUCAUUCCCGACAAUCUGAGAAGCUGUAUGGUCGAACCGGAUGUCUCGUCUUAUCUUCAAACUCCAUCGUCCGGACAGGUGCUAUAGUGCUACCACUGCAGCAAUUACAAUUACAAUAUGAUGAAUUUCAUCCGUUUAUCGAAGCUCUUCUACCUUUUGUCAAAUCGUUCUCCUACACUUGGUUUAAUCUGCAAGCUGCGAAGCGAAAACAUUAUAAAAAGCACGAGAAGCGAAUGUCAUUAGAGGAAGAACGACAUUGUAAAGAUGAACUGCAGAACGAGAAAGCAGAAGUAAAGCAGAAAUGGGCUUCACGGCUUCUGGGAAAGUUGCGUAAAGACAUUACUCAGGAAUGCAGAGAGGAUUUCGUACUUAGUAUCACCGGAAAACGACCCGCGAUGUGCGUGUUGUCAAAUCCUGAUCAGAAGGGAAAGAUGAGGCGCAUAGACUGUCUUCGCCAAGCCGAUAAGGUUUGGCGGUUAGAUUUGGUCAUGGUGAUACUAUUCAAGGCGAUACCGCUGGAGAGCACGGAUGGCGAACGAUUGGAGAAGAACUCGGAUUGCUCGCAGCCGGGACUAUGCGUCAAUCCUUAUCACAUCAACGUAUCCGUACGAGAACUAGACUUAUAUUUAGCUAAUUUCAUCAAUAGUCAUGAUACGUUAAGUGGUUCUUGUUACAAUAGCAAAAAGGAAGAAGAGCGUAAACAUAAGGCUUACGCGCACAAUCCGUAUAACGGUGUGAUAUGCAACGACAUAAUAUUAGCGACUGGCGUUUUCUCGUCAAGGGAACUCUGGAAGCUAUCCAAAGCGUCAAUACUGCAAGACACAUCCGGUGAGAUGCAGAGUAUAAAGUUGGAGCAUGGCGGCGGUGGAGCAGGAGGAGGCGGCUCAGGUGUAGUUAGCAGCGGCGCUUAUUAUUGCAACAGUUACUCAAGUCCCGUGUCUGUCUCAGUACCUGCUCCUUCGACACCAGGCGCGCCUUCACCUCAAGACCGUUUGCCUCAAUCUGCCGCGAUAGUUGUGUCCGGAGGCUACAGUGAGAACUUUACGGACCCGCGCACGAUGCACAUGUCAACAUCGCCCUUACUGAGGUCAAGUGGCGGCAGUAAGGUUGACGCGUGUCCAUCGCCCCCGCCUAUGUCCGGAGUUUUUCCAACGGUGUUAAGCCGUCCUGGUGACUCAUCUCAUGACUCGCUCGCGAUGCAGCGGUCGUACCCUGGACACGCGCGUCUCCUUGUUCAGGGCAGAACAAAUGAUGAUGUAUCUGGUUUGUCGCAUAUAACCAGCGGUCUGGUGUCAUCCCCGUCGCAAGUUGGUUCGACGGCGGCGAUAUUCUAUCAGCACAGCCCUGGCGGCGGCGGUAAUGGUGCAUCUGGUGCAGGCAACGGCGUUGUAUCCCAAGGCGGCAAUGGCAGCGAUUCGCUGCAUGCAGGCCACGGGUCCACUGUCAAGUAUGCAGAUUCGCAGGUCAACGGGCAUGAUACGCUGUCGGACUUCGUCACGUUCGUCUGCCAGGAGGCCGAAAACGGAACGCAAGGGGCUCAGUUCGGCAUGCAAGUGCAGAGUGGUCUCUCGCGCAGUCCCAAAGCGACACAGUACGGCCAAUACAGUGCUAUGUUACCGCCGCCGCCACUGCCGCCAAUGGCACGACCUGUUGCCAUUAUCCGGUCGACAGCGGAUCUCGCUAGUUCGCCGCCCGCAUCGGUAACGCCGCCUGACGAUGGAUCUUCACCCCACGAUCAGCAGGAUCACAACAGCGUGCUACAAUCGCAUACUGAUAUGACGCCUUCGCCACCUGUUUCGCCACGAAAGAGUCCCUCCCGCAUACCAAGUCCGUACUCCGCCGGUCCGGCGGGAGCCACGGCGGGAAGAGAUUACGCUUUUAAUCAUUUCCACGGGCAACCUGCACAAUUGUUUAGCUAUCCGGCAAUCAGUUCUAUGAGUGGUAUGUCAGGUGUUAUUAGUCCUACGAAUUUGUCGCUUUACGGAACGCCCGUGAGCGCUGCGAGAAGUGCGGCUCGAGGUGCUGUACCGCGAUGGAAUCCACCUUUCAUAACACUUGAAGAGGAUUUCGGUAUGAUGACGCACGGACAAAUGCCGAUCUCAAGUAACAAUCCAGACACUAAUUCUGUUAUACUCAUGGACGAAGAUCGUUUCUUCCAAUCGGGGGGCGAUCCGAUGGAGCAAUCGAACGCGCAGAGCAUUAUUCGCGACCACGAAGUUGCCACUCUCACUAAAGCGGAUCUCAUUUUGUCACCAAAAUCGUCCUGAGUAGAAAGCAUCCCG